CUGAGUUGCUAAGGCUGACUUUGAAGGUGUGAUCCACCUGCCUCAGCCUCCUGAGCCACUGGGAUUACACGUAUGCACCACCAUGCCUGGCUGCACUGCGUUCCUGAGUGAUUCCCAUCUGGGGGUACCAACUGUGUCUCCCCCUUUGAUACUGGGUGGACAUUCACAACUAUCUGGGCCACUAGGUUCCGAGGUAACUUUGUGUGCAGUGCAGAAUGGGGAAUGGGAAAGCUGUUUCAAGGACUUGCCAGGCCCUAUUUGACCACCGCCUUGCUGCCAGCCUGCUACUUGCUCCCCGUACAGGGCUGACCUGGGGACACGUGUGCACUGCUCCAGCACACUGGCAUUUUUCUUCUCCUCAACCACUCAGGCAGACUCCUGCCUCUGGUCCUUUGUGCUCACUGGGGUCUCUUCUCCCAGAGGCUAGCUCGAUGUCAUCAGUCUCUUCCAUCUUCACUCAAACACACCCCCUUGGUGCAGACUCCUUUAACUCUUCUUAAAACUACAUCCCCAAAAGGAUAUAGAAGGCCAAGUAAAUAUGGAAUGGAUGAUGGAUUAGAAAAUCACCAGUGGAUACUCAGAUUAGUGAGUGCGAGAUCCAUGAGGGAUGGGAAGUUUACCUUAUCUCAGAGUGCCACAGCCAUGGAGGGCUGCGGCUCAGAUCUCAGUACCGUGGCUGCCACUGUGCUGCAAGCCCACAGGAGCAUUUCAGCUGAGGGCACACUUUUCUCAGCCGGGCCCCGAGCACAGAUGGGCACCAGGAAGUGGCUGUUUUCACCUGACACAGGAUUUCUCUAUCAGGCUGUCUUUGCUUUAGCACCACUGGGUCAGCGAGAUGCUGCAACAGAGCCUGCCCAGUCUUGACUCCUUCAGCAGGCAUCAGGCAGCACACCUCUAAUUCCUCACUUGCCUCCACAUCUGCUUACCAGAAGGCCUGGGACAAGUAUUUCCUCCCAAGGCACUUUCCAGUUACAAAGGAGGACACAGUGGAGAAGGCUCCCAAACAUUAGCCAGUAUCAAAGCAGAUAUUGCCAAGUGGGACAGAGAGGGUCUCAGCCUCCCAACACCAGGCAGCAAUCAGGAUGCACUGCCCAGGAAGCAGACUCAGGUCAAGGGAAAUGCUGCAGAAUAGCCUGCUGGCUUCAGGAAUCCCAGGAGCAGAAAAGAAGAGAUAGGUUGAAGAAAUAUUCCAGAUCAAUACUAAAAAUUAGACACGACAAGCAAAUGCCACACAUGACCCUGGUCUGGCUCCCCAAACAGGGAGAAAAGGGACAAAGGAUAUUUGGUCAACGUGAACUGUGGACCAUUGGUACCGGCCCUGUACUACUGUUGUAUUUUCUGAUUUUGAUCAUUGUACUGUGGUUAGUAAAAGAAUGUCCUUCUUCUUAGGAAAUACAUAGUAUUUAGAUAUCUCCAAUUUCCUAUCAGAUGAUUGGGCCCCAAAGUAUGUAAAUAUUUAUAAAAAGAAUAAUUAAAAAACGAAGCAAAACGUAAAUGACCCUUUGGGUUAAAUAUAUCGGCGGGGAUGACAAAUGGAGCAAAGUGUAAACAGUUGGUGAACAGGGUGAGUUUCCUGCAAUAGUCUUGUGACUUUUCCGUAACUUAAAACCAUAUCCACGUGAAAAGGUAACAAAAAAGUCACAGACUCCCACUUCGCUCUUGGUUUUUCCACUGGGGACUGGACCCAGGGCGCUUUGCCACCCAAAUGCACCCCCGGCCUUUCCGAUUUCAUAUUUUGAGGCAGCGUCUUGCCAAGCUGCCCAGGCCGGCCCGGAGCUGGCGCCCCUCCUGCCGCGGCCGGUCGCCACGCCCGUCGGGUUGCCCCGGCCCACGCCCACCGCACCCGGCUUAUGCAGCCUGGAUUUCGCCACGAUAAAAAACGUGGUUUGCAGGAAAACGAACGGAACCUGAGGCCUCCUGUUGAGCGAAAUAAGCCCGACCGGGAAGGCCCGGGUGGCACGCCGGCGCGGGCCGCCCCUUCGGCCGCAGCGUGCGCUGGCGGGCCGCGGCGGCCGUCGCCAGGCCCUGGCUCGCUGCUCCCCGGUGGCUGGGGGACCGCCGCACCCCGCGGAACCCAGAGAGCGAGCCCGGAGGCGCCCCGGAAGGCGCGGGGCGCACCGGAAGUCCUCGGCGCCGCCUUUCCGGAAGUGGCGGCGGCAGCCCCGCGGCGGCGGCACGCCAUGGUCUUCCUCACCACGCGGCUCUGGCUGCGGAACCGCGUCACCGACCGCUACUUUCGCGUCCAGGAGGUGCUGAAGCACGCGCGGCACUUCCGCGGCAGGAAGAACCGCUGCUACCGGUUGGCCGUCCGCGCGGUGACCAGAGCCUUCGUGAAAUGCACGCGAGCCCGCAGGCUGAAGAAGCGGACUCUGCGGAUGCUCUGGAUUAAUCGAAUUACAGCUGCCUCCCAGGAACACGGUCUGAAGUACCCAGCAUUAAUUGUCAACUUAAUUAAGUGCCAGGUGGAGCUUAACAGGAAAGUCCUUGCAGACCUGGCCAUCUAUGAACCGAAGACUUUCAAAUCUUUGGCUGCUUUGGCUCAAAGGAGGCGACAGGAAGGAUUUGCUGCUGCCUUGGGGGAUGGGAAGGAGCCUGAGGGCAUAUUUUCCAGAGUGGUGCACCACCACUGAGAGCAGCAGCAUUGGAUUUGGACAAGACUUUCCCUUGGUGAUCGUAGCUAGGAUAGGAGCUAUGUGAUAACUGAGUGAAGUCUGGGUUUGAUUUGUCAUUCUGUUUAUUGCCAUUUCAGUAACAGGCCCUGCCUUCUCUGGGUGGGACACAGUCACAGAAAUGUCUUAUGCAGAUCAUGGGCAUAAAGCUUUUGCAGUCUUUGA